AUGGCACAACGGAAAAAUUCUUGGGCAUUAUUGCGUAGACUAGCAACAUGCUUCCAAAUGCCUUGGCUUUGUGCGGGUGAUUUUAAUGAAAUUUUGUUUUGUCGCGAGAAGUGUGGCGUCGUGGGGCGUAGUCCAUCCCAAAUGGAACAUUUUCGGAAUGUUAUCGCAGAUGCACACCUGGCUGAUCUGGGUUUUGUUGGGCCAAUUUUCACUUGGUCCAAUAAUCGCGGUGGCAACGUUUUGGUUCGGGAGCGAUUGGACCGUGGGUUUGCUAAUGAUGCUUGGCAACUCUUGUUUCCACAUGCAAAGGUUUAUCCUAUGGUGUGCACAUCCUCCGAUCACCUACCUAUUUGUGUUGACAUUUGUGGGGCUAAAGAACAACGUCAAUCUCCUGCUAGUGGUCAUCGCAUGUAUCGGUUCGAAGCUAUGUGGCUAUGGCAUGCAAGUUGUGAGCAAGUAGUUGCCGAUAAUUGGCUGCCUUCUUCUAAUGCAGGUGUUCGAAGUUUGGUCUCUACUAUUGCACAUGUAAGUUCUUCGUUGCGAUGGUGGGAUCGUAAUGUUUUUGGAUGUGUUAGCCGACAGUUGAAGGAGAAAACCGAUCAAUUACAGCGGUUGCUUACGCUAAGUUCCAAUUUUCCAGACGAUGUUGCAGAAAUGUGUAAGCUACGUUGUGAUAUUGAUGAGCUUUUAGAACGGGAAUCUAUUUUUUGGGGUCAACGUGCUCGGGCUAAUUGGCUAAAGGAUGGGGACCGUAAUACUUCGUUUUUUCAUUCCAAGGCCACCCAACGUCAUAAGAAGAAGAAAAUUGCUGGUAUUGUUGAUCCUAAUGGAAUUUGGCAGGAGAAUCAAAGAGUGGUGGAGGACAAUUUUGUGAAUUAUUUUCAGGAAUUAUUUUCGGCGGGUGAGGGACUGAACAUGGGCCCAGUAUUGCAGUUGAUUCAGGCGAGAGUUUCCGAUCACAGUGCAUCUCAAUUGAGUAGACCAUUUUCUGAAGUUGAGAAUUCCCGGCCAAUUAGCUUGUGUAAUGUUGUCUAUAAAAUAAUUGCAAAAAUGUUGGCCAAUCGUCUUAAAGAGGUGCUGCCUUCUGUAAUUUCCGACACUCAAAGUGCGUUUGUUCCGGGCCGUCUCAUUACUGAUAAUGCGUUGGUGGCAUUUGAAGUGUUCCAUUUUCUCAAGAAUAAGAGGGCCGAAAAGGAUGGUUGCCUGGCGUUGAAACUUGACAUGAGUAAAGCCUAUGACAGAGUGGAAUGGCCAUUUAUUAAUCAAAUGAUGCUCCUGUUAGGAUUUCCGCAACGGUUUGUGCAACUACUUAUGAAUUGUGUGUCCACUGUUUCUUUUUCUGUGCUUGUUAAUGGGAAGCCUUCCAGAAUGUUUUACCCAGCAAGGGGCCUCCGCCAAGGGGAUCCGUUUUCGCCUUAUUUGUUUACUAUUUGUGCGGAAGGAAUGUCGGCGCUCCUCGCCCAUGCUAUGGCAGCUAACCGGUUGUCCGGAAUUUCAAUUUGCCGGGGUAGUCCAUGCUUGUCGCAUUUAUUUUUUGCCGAUGAUAGUCUUCUAUUUGCGGCUGCUAAGGAAGAUGAGGCGGGUGUUUUGCGAGAUAUUCUCCAAAAGUAUGAGCAAGCAUCAGGGCAGAAAAUUAAUUUCCAAAAAUCGGCUGUUUGUUUUAGUAAAAAUACGGACUUGGUUACUCAGCGAGUGGUGACAUCUAUUCUUGGGGUGGGCUCAUUGGCGCCGUACGGGAAGUAUUUGGGGUUACCAUAUUGUGUGGGGCAUUCUAAGUGCGCCGUUUUGGGGUUUGUUAAGGAGCACGUAUGGACUCGAGUAAAUGGUUGGAAGGAAAAUUUUUUAUCGAUGGCGGGUAGAGAGGUACUCAUUAAGUCUGUUGCUCAAGCCAUACCCACUUCUAUUAUGUCCUGUUUUCGCCUCCCUGAUGGAGUGUGCCAUGAAAUUGAGUCUAUGGUGUGCAAUUUUUGA